AUGCGCAGCAGCAGCAGCAGCAGCCGCAUAGCCUCCGACGCGCACUACCAUGAAGCCGCAACUGGCACCACUUGUCGCAAUCUAGGCAGACAGGCCACCAACAGCCACUGGAUGUCGGCGCCCUCAUCGCCGCGCAAGGGCAGCGUGCACUCGUCGCCCGUGCGUGCACCUCGACGCAGGCCCUCUGCAACUGCCUCCUCGCCCUCGUCUCGCACAGCCGACCGACGCGCACGCUCUGCGCAGCUGUACGACUCCAUCGGCGAGAUGGACGAUGAGAACGACGCUGCAUAUGACCAAGACCUCGACGCAGAUGGCGAGUACGACGACGAUUAUCUCGACCACGACGCACAGGGCCAAGAGGAAGAGGUCGUCGUCGCCACGGUCCCUCCUGCUCCCACACGGUCCGGCCGCGAACGCCGAACGAGCGAGAACCCAACGGACUCGACCCCGCGCCAGUCUUCGCGGCCGAAACGCUCCCGAGCGCCGCACGGAUCGUACUACGACCUGCCGCCGUUACCCAGCUUUUCCGACGCCGAGGACGACGAUAGCGAAGAUGAAGCGCCCUCGAUACGCAAGCGUCCGCGCAGGGCCGAGGUGCUCACAUCCGAUGCCGAGUCCGAACAAUCGAGCCACCGCCGCAGCGAUGCACCAGGAGCGACAAACAGCAAGGUCGCUGAGGACGAGGGGCAGAGUGCGCAGCCGCCAGUGGAGCUCAGCGAAGAGGAAAAGCAAAAGGCACGCGAGGACAAGGAGCAGCACGAGCUCGCGGCGCGCUGGACCGACGAGUACUUUGAGAUCGUCGAGCAGCUUCCGCUCGAGGUGCACCGUGCCUUUGCGCUCAUGCGCGAGCUCGAGGGCCAGAUGCACACGCGCGUCACCGGCAUGGUGCACGACAUUGCCACCUAUCACCACGCACGCCUCGCCCAUCCCUCCACCACGUCCUCCUCCACCUCACGUAGCCAGAAAGCAGGUAGUGAAGACGAAGCCGAGAGACUCCUCGGUGCCCCUCUCCCUUGCCCUGACGAUGGUGACGCGGGGAUGAUGGAUAAGGCGGAGCGGAUGGAUCUGCUGCGAGGCAUUUCUUCGGCGGCGAAUGAAUCGGUGAAAGCGGCCGAGGAAAAGAUGGGUCUGGCAGCGACGGCGUACGAGUGGAUUGACCGGCACAUUCGACGGCUCGAUGGGGACAUCGCCAAGCUCGAGGCGAGUAUUCUGCUCGGCCUGCGUAGUGGCACCCAGGAAUCUCGGGGUGCACGCGAAGCUUUGGGACUUGCACUGGACGAUCCCACCCCGGCGCCAGCUGAACCGGCGGUGAGUGUGGCUGAAUCUGCGGCACUUACCAAAGCUGCGGGUGCACGCCGCGGGCGCACACGCAGCAGAAGCAACACCACCACCCCAAAGCAGCGCACAACAAGCCUGCCCAGUCCAAGUCCCCAACCCGCCGUGCCUGGGCAACCAACACGAAAGCAAGGCGGACGACGUAAACCACGUCCCUCGACAGGUCGACGCAAAUCUACACUCGCGGAUCCAGUCGUGGUGCGUCCCGAUGUCUCGGAUAUGCCCGACGACCCCACCGAACCAAGAUACUGCUACUGCGACCAGAUCUCCUUCGACCAAAUGGUCGCAUGCGACAACGACGACUGCACCAUCGAGUGGUUCCACUACGCCUGCGUAGGCCUCGACCAACAACCCAAAGCAGAGUGGUUUUGCAGAUUCUGCGCUCCCCCCAACUGGAAAGGCCCCGGUAUGCUUGUUCCCCCGAACGCCAAACACCUCCCUCCCCCACCCAACAAGCGCUAG